GAGGACAAAAAAACAGAGAGAAAAGAUGGCGGAGAAUCUAGCUGAAAACGGAGAUCGAGUCAUCUUAAUCCAUGUCCAGCCUCCCAAAGCUGAUCACACCAGUAAGCAGCUCUUUGAAGACGCUGGAUCACCUCUGGUUCCUCUUGAGGAAUUUAGAGAAAUCAAUUUCUCGAAGCAAUACGGGCUCAAGUAUGAUCCUGAGGUGCUCGAUAUUCUGGACACAGUGUCAAGGACCAAAGGGGCAAAAGUGGUGGCAAAGGUGUACUGAGGGGAUCCAAGGGAGAAGUUCUGUGAUUCUGUGGAAGAUCUCAAGCUUGAUUCUAUUGUUGUUGGAAGCAGGGGUUUAGGCUCCAUCAAAAGGGUGUUGCUGGGCAGUGUGAGCAAUUAUGUGGUGACACAUGCAUCAUGCCCGGUGACAGUGGUUAAGGGAACAAGCUUGUCCAAACCUUAAUAUAUAAUAUUUCAAGCUGUUGCCAUUUUAAUUUUAUAUAGUAGAUGGCUCUAUUACCAUGAAUAUCACGGAUUGUUGCACUUUUCUCUUUGUUAUAAGGUUUGAAAUAUUUGGUUUGCGUGUGUAAAUUGUAUCUCACUCGGGUCCAUAUAAAUACAAUACAGUAUGUUUGAGGUUAAAUAAAUUUGUCUUGGCACAAUUGGCAAAAGCAUAUUUGUUAAUUGACAAAUUAAUUGGUCAAUGGACCGAUUUUCAGCUGCAAUCCAUCACAAAUUUCUUUAUGAAUAUAUGACAAAGAAUCAU